CAGGCCCAUACACUUGUUAGCUCCCAAGGUGUCUGUUCAAAAGCCAUAUUCGCUGCUGCUGGCCCGGACAUUGUAAAAAUCUUUCACACUCCACAGCCGGGGGAAAUCGUAGUUACCCCUGGUUACCAGUUGGCAUGUAGUCACGUGUUACAUACGUGUUGUUCUAAGUGGGAUGGAGGCAACGGAGAAGUGGUAAGUGAAUUGUAUUCCGAAAAUAUUCCGCACGACGCUAUGUAUAUUUUAUUCAUUUUUCUUUUUUAUUUCUGUACCCUUCAUACAUACUUCAUGUCAUUUUUACGCUCUUACACAUUUUAUCUUACACUUAUAUUGUAUAUACAUAGCGUCGCGCGGAACAUUUUGUCAUCCCUGAUGAUGCAGUUGAUAGGCGAAAGCUUGGACUGUAAUUUAAUCAGUCGUUUAGGGCCUCACUAGAACAAUAUUUUUAUUUUUAAAAUCAUGCUGCUGAAGGACAACAUGAAAAGAUUAUUAAAAUUUUAGUAUUUCUUCUUUUUCUUUUUUCUGAAAUCCUUAUCGUUUAAUUAUCUCUGCUCUUAAAUUUUUAGACUUUACGAUCCAUUGUGCGGGCAUCUAUUCUAAAGGUUGACGAGCUCGGGGGGGAUUCGAUCGCCUUUCCUAUAAUUGGAACAGGAAAUCUGUGCUUUCCUCCGCGCGAAGCGAGCAGGAUAAUGUUGGAUGAAGCGGUAACAGUGUGCCAAAAUAACCCCCUCAUCUCAGUGAAAGAUGUUCGAUUUGUUUUGUAUCACGGAGAUCAGGGACUCAUCGAUGCUUUUACGCAAGAAGGAACGAGCUUACAAAAUAAAUAUCGCAAGACGGUAGAGGUUGUUACAGGUAAAGUUGUUAAAAUACUUGAAUUUCUCAGUUUUUGAAGUGACAUGAAACAUUUUGGCAGUUCAAGUAUCACUAUCAGGCCUCGGUUAUUCAAACGUUGGAUAGAGCUAUCCACGGGAUAAAUCACUAUCCAGCGGAUACUGAUGACUAUCUGGGAAACUAAUUGAACUAUCCAGUGGACAGAUAUUUAUCCAGAACAGUGGAUAGCUUUAUCCACUUUUUGAACAACUGGGGCCAGGACUUUAAAAAAGGAUUGAAGUUUAAUUUGUAAGCUGAUUUGUAAAGAAAAACCACCAUUUGGCUGGAUGAGAGUCUUGCCGUGCCUUUUGACAUUUGCUGUGGUUGCUUUCACUUCUACUAACUAUGCUCUCACAGACACUCUUCUUUUAACUGAUUUGUUAUUCAUAAUAGAAUGUGACGCUACCCACCUAGCUAAUCCCCCCUCAUUCCAAUGCAAGUGCCUUGUAUGCCUUGAUACCUGUAAACGAGGCUUAAGCCGAAGGCCUUGGUCAAAUGGAAUUCUUCUAUAAUUUAUUGCACACUCAGAACUUGUGAUAACUUCUCAACUCCUUCGCCUCGGAGGUACUACGUAUACUUUCCAUGGCUUACAAGGUAGUGUUCUACUUUGCACCAACUCAAGGGCCAACUUUUCCACAUUUCCUUACAAAACGUGUUUUCCCGUUUACCUGAGAACAGAAGCAUGUAACCCCGAAAGCGAAUAACUCUGUUCCAAUGCUGAGUUUUUUUAACGAACUAAUCAAAAUUUACUCUGUAAUAUGGAGUUGUUGUGCUUGACUGAUGGCGCGACCUUGCGUGUCCUCGGGGUUAUAUGCUUCUGAUGAGAAACAAUUGGUUAGCUCGGUUAGAAGGGUGACCCCCUACCCGGUUACUCGCUUUUUGUGAUGGCCGGGUACCCUCCUAGCCGGGUCGACUUUUCUCCCUAUAUACACUUUGGCUCGCCCAGCCGAGUCAACUCGGUCAAGAGUAGCCUGCUAGCAAGCUCUCCGGGGCAAGGCGAGACAAUUAGAGCAUGUGCGAGCGACGUGGCCAACUUUUGUUGGAUCAUUUUACCUUUCUGGGAAACUGCCCACCUACCCCUCCCCUAAGCCAACAUUAACACUAUCCUUUUUUCCCCAUAUAAACGCUGGUUAAAGUUGACUUAAUUAGCCGGGAGGGUGACAUAUCAACCCAGGACAGGUAUUCUCCUCAUAAACGGGGCUUAAGUGGAGACAGUGGCUAUUACAUGGUUAUUGAAAGUCAAACUAGUGUUCAAAUUAAUACCCAGGCCUUUCAUGGCUUUGAAGGGAACUCUGGUGCUUGCCGAAAAGCCGUAGGCAGAAAUCGGUAAGUACUGCUACCAACUGCCUGCUGCCGCAAAUCACGAAUUUUUCUUGUCUUUGAAGGCGAUCUCACACAAGAGACCACAGAGGCCAUUGUGAACAUCAUCCACACAGACAUGAAUAUGAAUUCCGCCGGAGACCUCAGUAAAGCAAUAGCUAGGGCCAGCGGUGCGCAAGUGGAAGACGAAUGUAGAAGCUUAGGCCAGCAGCCUGUAGGGACAGCGGUGAUAACAAGUGGCGGUAACCUGGCAACGCCAAACAUUGUUCACAUGGUUGUAAAUUCCUCUGACAAAAAUCACCUCCAGCAGUGUCUUGAAGGAUGCCUUCAGUUGGCUGACACAACAGGAUUAAAGACUAUCUCAUUGCCCGCGGUGGGGACUGGAGCGGGUGGAAUUGCGGGUGUCGACUCGGCCCAAUUAACAUUCAGAGCUUUAAAAAAUUCUUUAGAGAACUGUAUGAACUUGCGUCACGUUAGGAUCGUAUUGUUCCAGGCCAGUUUGAUGCAGGCUUUCUUGGACGAAAAAAAGCUUAUGGACCAACCAGACAAUACACAACCAGUUCCAAGUUCAACAGGCGAACCACCGAGAAAAAAGAUCAAGACAGAGCAAGAUGCACAGUCACACCAGUCCAACAAGAACAGACUCGUAAUUCAUGUAGCAGGACCCAGUAAAGCUGGUGUAAAGAGAGCCAUGGAUACGCUGAGACGUGGCAUUGCAGAAGCUUUUACAAGUCAGGUGGUCAAUCACAAAAACGUCAGUGAUCUGUCUAACAACGAGCUCAGUGAUCUAAGCAAGGACGCCAAGUCACGUGAUGUCAAACUGAUCUUGAAGGUUAAGGGACAAGAUAAAAGUUUUGUUGUCCAGGGUGAGCACAGUAAAGUGGCAGAAAUAGUCGGGAAGAUCUGGCACAAACUGAAUGAGCAGACAGAGAGAAAAAGGGAAGCAGAAAACGCCAAUUUUCCAGGUUAACCGUCUUUUGUUUUGAUAUUAGUUCGCAUACGGAGAUUUGUAGUAUUUAUUAUGUCUUUCAUUUUAUACGCGUACUUGGAAUUGGUUAGAUUUACUACUGUACGCGCAGAAUUACUUGGUUGUAGGUAAAAGGCUCGUCCAUGGACAACAACCCUCUAAAGCUUUGAAAACGCAAACGAAAUGCUCAUUCAAGUUACUUUAACCCUUUAAGUCCCAAUAGUGACCAACAUCAUUUUCUCCUAACAAUAUCCAUACAAUGUCAAGAGAUUAGGUUAUGAGAAUUAAUUAAAUGAUCACCAAAGAGAAAAUGCUUUGAUCUUUUAUCAAACUCUCUCAACGUAUUCUUUUAAGAAAUGUAUAGAAAGGGUUAAAGGGUUAAAGCUUUCCGGCCUAAUAAACUAGUAAAAGGUCCCACCCACAGAUAUAGCAAGAUCAAGAUUUUUCUUCAAAAUGUGACCCAAGUGACAAUUGUGUGUAGAAUUUGGCCACACUGAACUGUUUGGUUUUCUUACGUAACUUAAAAGGCCUUAUACACGAAAUAAUGAGCUCAUCGCUUUGCGCAAGAAAAACAGCAAGUUUUACAGUCAAAACGAUGUCAACCCUAACCUAGUGUUAACCCAAAGGCUAAGCUACUAACGAAGUCUAUUAAACUACUUAUAGUAAUGUCUCUUCCUAAAAAUUGGGAGCCAAUGCCUCGCAACCAAGCCGGAUUUGGCGUCACUGUACACGCGGUAAAUCUUGCUCCUACCUCGGUUGAGUACCAGGCUGUGGCGACUACACUUUACCAGACUGUCGGAAAUUAUUCUAUAUCGGGCAUUGAAAGAAUACAAAAUCCUCAUCUAUACCAAUCG